UCUCCCAACCUUUACACUCUGAAUCAAUAGGCCCUGCGCCUUUGUCUCCCCUUGCCAGGAGUAAUAUUCAUCAAUGUCUUCAGUGCCUUUUUGUUGUUUGUCUCAUGUCUCCGUUACACCCCUCAUCUGAAUUAAACCCGAUGAGAGGUUUGUUUGCCUCGCAUAGUGGAGCGUCCUUUCAAGGAUCGGCAAUUAAUGUGUUUUUGCUGCUUAGUCGGCGCUAAAUGCAAGGCCCUGACCUCUGUUUGUGGAAGCCCCAUAUGUGAUCAGAGUGCUCAGUGUCUCUGUCCUUUUUUAAAUGAGCCUGUAACAAAUGGCUUUCUCCUGUCUAGUUGGUUUUAAUCAAGAAUUUGUCUCUUUGUGGAUUGCGAUGGGGUAGCAAUGCUAAUGGCAGAGCAUUUACUUGAUAGCCAUUAUUACUGUGGACAUCUUUCUGCUGGCUGGGCCUUUCUCUGUGCAUACCAUCAGUCAAAUCUACUGUUGGCGCGUGUCUGCAGUCACAAAUCUAACUACCGCAUGUUCGCUUUCACCCAAGCCAUUUUUUAAUUGAUCCUGGAUCAAUAUCUGUGAUUUGCAGAUAUUUCAGAGCAAAGUGUAAUGGGGGUUUUGAGCAGGAGUGUGAAUAUUGACAUUGCCAUUCCCCUGCUGUACUACUGAAGUCAGUCUUCUCUAAAUUGGUGUAAUUACCUGUUCAGAACCUGUAUUACAUAUCUUCUCAAAGUAGAAGUGCUGAUCUAGGACCAGUUUUCCUCCUGUCGUAUUCAUGAUCUGAAGGGCAAAGCUGGUCCUAAAUCAGUACUCCUACUCUGAGACACUUUGUUGGAUACAGAGCUCUACACCACAUGGUUCCUAAAACUGAAACCGGAGUGAUGUGUCUAAACGUCUGAUUAAAUUCUGGAGCCUAAUCUCAGCGAGCUAUCUGACCAAACCUGCAUGUGACUGCUGCUGUUAACACGUACACACACGCUGGCUCAGAGGGAAACCGACAUGGACACUUUGGUUGAGGACAAUAGAAUCUGCUACGUGGGCAGACAGUGAGUGUAAAAAUCCAUGUGUUGAUUUUCUUUGAGUACAGGACCAUUGUUUUAGGCCAGAGCCAUAUAUUUACAUAUUGCUCUGCAGGACUGAAAGCUCUCGUGGAUGAUCUUGAUUUAAGGAGCUGGCUGUUGAAAAUGCAUAUUGACUGCGCUAUCACCAAGUGGCCUAUAAAUGGGCUAGUAAAUGAAAUUCAGCAUCACUUCCACCCGCUGUGUAUGUGUUGGGAAACUCUCAUUAGACAUUUUGCACUGUGGUUAUUGCUUGUGUGCAUAAAGGCACACCCAAGGCAUCAUUAAAAUCCAUCAGCUUCACCCCCCCCCCCCUACCCCAGCAGCCUCCUACAGUCUGUAUGUGGCAGCCUCUUCCUCUCCUUAAACUGUAUUCACUCCACCGUGUGUGUGUGUGUGUGUGUGCAGCGCAUCAGCCCAAAGCUUUCUUGCUCAGUGCUAUCUGUUAGACUUGCCUUUGGUCUUAAGAGAGGUCCUAUAAAAUCAGAUUUAAGUAUUUCAGGGUGAAAAUUCAUUCUGUUUUCUCUUUUGUUAAUGUUUAAUUGAGAAGGUUUUUGGGAAAGCCUUUCCAUCUAUUCGCAGACAGUUAUCAUUUGCAUUAUCGUUAACGGCUACACAAAGAGUAGACUAGACAUAGGCGCACAACGUGCACACGGGCAUUCUUGUGUACAUUUUGUUCAUGUCUUAUGAUUAACAUGGGCAAAUAAUGAAGUUCAAUACAUUUACUUGAUUUUCUAAGUUCAAUACAUAUUUUGAAUGUUGCUGAAUUUGGAUUUAAUGUCUGCAUUACAUGAUUCUGUCCAUGUUUUCUGCCACUCAAAUUUUAUAGAGCUGUCUGGGACUGGUCUGGGUGGGGAGGGGAAAACUGAAAACUAGCUGUUACUGGCGGAGAGGGUUGGAACUCUUUCUUAUUGGUCUAUUAACUAGUUUAGCACUUGGUUAUUUAUUUAGCCUUGAUGCCACCAGGCAGGCCAAAACUCCAUCCCACCAAAAACAGGCUAAUUUUAGGCGGUCUCAAAGUAUUAUUCCAACCUCGGUGUGGAGAUAUACACUACCGUUUUAAAAGUUUGGUCUCUUAGUAAUGUCCUUUUGUUUUUGAAAGAAAAGAAAAAAAAUGUGAAUUUUUUAAAAUUACAUCAAAUUGAUCAGAAAUGCAGUGGAAACAUUGUUAAUGUUAUAAAUGGCUAUUGUAGCUGCAAACGGCUGAUUUUAAAAUUAAGGGUUUUAUUGAAUAUCUACGGAGGCCCAUGAUCAGCAACCAUCACUCCUGUGUUCCAAUGGCACGUUGUGUUAGCUAAUCCAAGUUUAGACAUUUUAAAAGGAUAAUUGUUCAUUAGGAAAGCCUUUUGCAAUUAUGUUGGUACAGCUGAAAACUGUUGUGCUGAUUUAAAGAAGCAAUAAAACGGUUCUUCUUUAGAUUAGUUGAGUAUCAGCAGUUUAUGGGUUCGAUUAAGCACAAAAUGGCCAGAAACAAAUACCUUUUUUUCUGAAACUCGUCACUUUUUAUUCUUGUUCUGAGAAAUGAAGGCCAUUCCAUGUGAGAAAUUGCCAAGAAACUGAAGAUCUCAUACAACGUUGUGUACUACUCCCUUCACAGAACAGCGCAAACUGUCUUUAACCAGAAUAGAAAGAGUGGGAGGCACCGGUGCACAACUGAGCAAGAGGACAAGUACAUUAGUCUAGUUUGACAGACACCUCACAUGUCCUCAACUGGCAGCUUCAUUAAAUAGUACCCGCAAAACACCAGUCUCAACGUCAACAGCAAAGAGGUGAUUCUGGGAUGCUGGCCUUCUAGACAGAGUUGCAGGCUGGCCAAUAAAAAUAAAAGAUUAAGAUGGGCAAUAGAUCUCAGACACUGGACAGAGGGAUGCUGGCCUUCUAGGCAGAGUUCCUGAGUCGCCUCUUCACUGUUGACAUUGAGACUGGUGUUUUGCGUGUACUAUUUAAUGUUAUGUUACAGCCUUAUUCUAAAAUGUAUUAAACACACCACCCCAUAAUGACAAAGCGAAAAUGGUUGAUUUGUUUGCCAAUUAAAUAUCUGAAAUAUGUUAUUUAUAUAAGUAUUCAGAUCCUUUGCUAUGAGACUCAAAUUAGCUCAGGUGCAUCCUGUUUCCAUUGAUUAUCCUUGAGAUGCUUCCACCCAUGGUAAAUUCAAUUGAUUGUACAUGAUUUGGAAAGGCGCAAACACACACUUGUCAUUUCUGCAGCAUUGACGAUCCCCAAAAACACAAUGGUCUCCAUUCUUAAAAGGAAGAAGUUUGGGACCACCAAGUCUCAUCUGAGAGCUGUCCACCUGGCCAAACUGAGCAAUCGGGGAAGAAGGGGUUCUUGGUUACCUCCCUGACCAAGGCCGAUGGUGACUCUGACAGAGCUCUAGUGUUCAUCUGUGGACAUGGUUUCCCUUCUGGAAGGUUCUCCCCAUCUCUGCAUCACUCCACCACAUCAGGCCUUUAUGGUAGAGUAGCCAGAUGAAGCCAGUCCUCAGUAAGAGGCACAUGACAGCCCGCUUGGAGUUUGCCGAAAGUCACCUAAACUUCGACCAUGAGAAACAAUAUUCUCUGGUCUGAUGAAACCAAGAUUGAACUCUUUAGCCUGAAUGCCAAGCUUCACAUCUGAGGGAAACCUGGCGUGGCAGGUGGCAGCAUAUAAUGUGGAGAUGUUUUUCAGCGGCAGGGAUUGGGAGACUGGUCAGGAUCGAGGCAAAGAUGAACAGAGCAAAGUACAGAGAUCCUUGAUGAAAACCUGCUCCAGAGCGCUCAGGACCACAGACUGGGGCGAAGUUUCACCUUCCAACAGGACAACGACCCUAAGCAUACAGCCAAGACAAUGUAGGAGUGGCUUCAGGACAAGUCUCUGAAUGUCUGUGAGCGGCCCAAUUAACAGGUGCAGUUGCAAAGACCAUCAAGCGCUAUGAUGAAACUGGCUCUCAUGAGGACCGCCACAGGAAAGGAAGACCCAGAGUUCAUUAGAGAGUUACCACCCUCAGAAAUUGCAGACCAAAUAAAUGCUUCACAGAGGAGAAGUAACAGACUCAUCUCAGAAUCAACUGUUCAGAGCAGACUGGGUAAAUCAGGUCUUCAUGGUCAAAUUACUGCAAAGAAACCACUGCUGAAGGACACCAUUAAUAAGAGACUUGCUUGUGCCAAGAAACACGAGCAAUGGACAUUAGAACGGUGGAAAUUUGUCCAAAUUGGAGAUUUUUGGUUCCAACCGUUGUCUUUGUGAGACACGUUGUGGGUGAGCGGAUGAUCUCUGCAUGUGUAUUUCCAACCGUAAAGCAUGGAGGAGAUGGUGUUAUGGACCAGGAGGGAGGCAUGCUCAGGGCUUGGUUUGCAUCCCUCCUGGAGAGGGUGUCCGCAUUGCCGUGCUGGGCACCAGAACUGUAGAUGACAAAGAGAAUCGCUAUAAGGAUAGGAACCAGCGGGUGACACUGUCAUUCGUGUCCUUACCUCUUGCCACCCACAUAAGGGGGGGCAUGGUCAGUGAUCAGGGUGAACUUCCUCUUGAGGUAAUACAUGAGGGUGUACAGUGCCCACUUCACGGCGAGGCACUCCUCGACAAUCAAGGAGCUUUCUGCUGACAUACAUGAGGUGCGCCUUGCCUUCCUGCUCUUGGGACAAGACAGCCCCUACCCCUGUGUCAGACGUGUCUGUCUGGACCAGGAGGUGUUUUGAGAAGUCCAAGGUGAUGAGUACCGGUUGCGACACAGUCUGGGGUAGACGUGCCUUCAUUAGGUCUGUGAGGGGAGAAGCUAUUGUGGCAUAGUUCGGUACAAAUUGACUGUAGUAGCCUGCUAACCCCAGGAACGACUUCACCUGCCUCUUGGGUCGGGGGACCAGCCAUUCCCUAAUGGCAGUGUUUUUUUUUUUCCUCUUGCGGCUUCACAUUUCCCCUUCCGAUUUGAAAAUCCAGGGACUCCAGCUCGGCGUAGCCCAGCUUUCACUUGUGGGGGUUUGCGGUUAGCACCGCAUCCCUUAGUGCGUCCACCACUGCCUGUAACCUACAGAGAUGGGACUCUCAACUGUCACUGUGCACGAUUGUCAUCCAAAUAAGCAGCAGCUUACUAAGUGCGGGCGCAGGACGGUGUCCAUGAGUCGCUGAAAGAUUGCUGGGGCCCCAUGGAGUCCGAAACGAAGAUCCCGGUAGUGGUAUAGACCCCCUGAGGUGGAGAAGGCGGUCUUCUCACAGGAGGUCGCUGCCAACGGAACCUGCCAGUACCCCUUCGUUAAGUCCAGGGUGCUGACUUAUCUUGCCUUCCCCAAGCGGUCGACCCGGGGCAUGGGGUAGGCGUUGAAUUUACUGACCUCGUUCAGGCCCUGAAAGUCAUUGCAGAAGCGGACGGUUCAGUCCGGUUUCGGUACCAGCACUAUAGGGCUAGACCACUCACUGUGACUCCUCCAGUACCUCCAUCUCUAGCAUUGUCGUCACUUCCCGCUUGACCGGUGCUCUCCGUGCUUCCGGUAUGGCCGUUUACUCACUUUUUCACUCGGACGUUUGGUGAUAUGAUGUUCCACAAGAUCCGUGGGCCCUGGCACCUCGGACAACACUGCCGUAUUCCGCUGAACCAACUUUCUGAGCUCUUCCAGCUGUCCACGGGGCUGAUGGCCAUACAGGAACUCAAUGUCGAAGAACCCAGUGGACGCUUGGGGUACCUCGCGAACCGGGAACAUCAGGUGGGGUAUCAGCUGGUCCCAGUUCCUCCUGUCUCUCGAUGACCUUCUUCAGCAUCUGCUUUAGGGAUCUUAUUGAAGUGUUCGACUAGCCCGUCUGUUUGUGGAUGGUACACGCUGGUCCUCACCUGUUUGAUUCGUAAUAGAUUGCAGACUUUCAUUACAUGUGACAUGAAUGCAGUGCCCUGGUCAGUCAGAAUUUCCCGCGGAAUUACCCACCUGGCAGAAUAAAUGGAAGAGCUCCCGUGCGAUACCUUUCGCUGCCGCCAUGCGUAACAGGAUCGCCUCAGGAUACCGCGUGGCUUAAUCCACAAUUACCAGGAUGUAUUGGUGUCCCCUCGUGGUCUUCACCAAUGGACCCACCAAAUCCAUCGCCAUCCGCUCAAACGGCACCCCUAUAAUGGGCAAGGGAACUGAAGGGUUUCUAUAAUGUGCCCUCAGAGCUGUGAUCUGGCACUCCGGGCAGGUACGGCAGUAGUCCUCCAAGGCGUGCUUGACUCUGGGCCAGUGGAACCGUUUCCCGAUCUGCUCCCUGGUUUUCUCAAUCUGCUAGACUGUCCUAACAUACAGGGUGGGUAUGGCUAACAACUAUUUUGUCUCCCCUUUGUGCUUUACUACCUGUUACAAUAAAUUAUGCUUGAUGGCGAAGUUGGGUUAGCGUCACUCCCUUACCCCAGGUAACAGCAUGCCAUCCACCGCAAUCACCUGGCCCCUCACAUUCUGGAGGUUGGGGUCUUCUCGAACGGCCCAUCCCGAACUGACCCGUGAGACUUUCCCAUGUCAGGAGGUCCGUCUGGUGCUUCCACCUCCAAGAAGAGGAGCCUGAGGUCCUCCUCAGACAAUGGCUCGCUUCCCGGCGCAUUCUCAUCUCCCUCAUCCGGGUUCAUCUCGGGCCCAGUGGACACCUCGCUGCGGGGCGUGGGUUGCACAGGUGACAGUCCUUUUUCCUCUCCUUCCUAACUCGUGUGCGCGCCUCCCCAGGUCCCUCCUCCACAGUGCCUGGAAAAGAGGGAAAUCUCUACCAGGGAGAAUGGGCACGGGCAGGAUAGAAACAGCCCCCACGCGCAUCUGGCACUCUCCCCUUGGGGUGGUUAUCUGCACUGGCACAGUUGGGUACCUCUUCGUGUCCCUGUGUACACACAACACUCAUCACUGGACACACGGCCACUGCGGGUGGGCCAGGGUAACCAUGCUGCCAGUGUCCAGUAGAGCACUGGUGUUGACGCCAUCGAUUUUUACAAGAAUCAUCGGCGGGGCUGUCUCGGUGUGCGCCCAACAGGUAACAAAACUCGCCAUCCAGUUUACCCCGGAGCUGGGGGAUGCGGAACUGAUUCGGGCUAGACUCCUGGGCCAUCCCAGCCUUCAACUGCGCUACCUCCUCUACCAGUCUGAGGUUUUGUUGGUGCUGCUCUUCCAGUGCUUGCUCCUGGAGUGCCUGUUACUUAUGCUGGCUAUGGAUAAACUGAGCCACCAGUCCCUUUGUACGCUUGACUCCACGGCACCCAAAGCUACUGAGUUGCCUGCAUUCUCCACCGUUUGUGGUAAACUGUGGGGUGUUGGGUUGAGCGUGCAGAGAUUAACACCGAGGGGGAGGUUCUACUCAGCAAACACGACUUUACUAGGCAAUACAAUUAAUAUAAUGAAAUCGCGUAGCUUUGGCUUGGUCCUUCUUCUCAGCUUCUGUUCUGUGUUUGUCUCCCUGUUCUCUCCCGCAGUGUGCCAGGGUGCUCCCUUUGUGGCCUCCACAGCUGGUUGGCACUCUCCCCUAAUUACCUCUACUUGGAGCCAUCCGUGUCGGGGUGCCCAGCCCGUGUACUCCCAGCAGAGGGAGCCAAUGUCGAUACCACAUAGUGGUAUCCCGGGAGGUCUACACCGGGGGUUGGUGAUAGGGGGGGGAGGUACGUGCCAUGACGUUGGCUCACGCUGCUGGGAGUACACGGGCUGGGCACCUGUGUACUCCCAGCAUAAAUAUUAUAAUAUUUUUUACCCCCAGAGGUUACUGUGAUUGCAGCAAAUCAUGAAGCUUUUUCCAUUUAUGAUUACACUUUCUUAAUGAUUUGUUUGUAAACAGACCAUUUGAAAACUCCUUCAUUAGCAACUCACUGACAUGUACCUGAAAACCUUUGUACAACACAGUACAAAAUCAGGCAUCCUUGAUAGAGUGAUGAUCAUUGCACUUGUCAUUUGCGGUGACUGAUUUUCCCCUCAAAUGACUUUCCUGCACAUCGAGUCAUCUUUUUAUCCCAAAUGGUAACCUGUUCCCCAUGUAGUUCACUAUAUAGGAAAUAGAGUACCAUUUGAGAAGCAGAUUUCUCUCUGUGAAUCACAAGGGCCUUGGUUAUUAUGCAACAAGCAAUUGUCAAGAAGGCAGACAGUAUAGAUGCUUGCUCUUACAAAGGAAUUACAAAGCAGUGCCAAUCCAGCUGUCACCAAAACCAAAAUAUGUCUACUACCAAUUGAAGAAAACACAGCCAAUCCAUGGCCUAGUGGACCAUUUUGUAAACGUGACGGACCAUAUCUUCCUCUUGUUAAAGUAACAGAGAGGCACCUCUUUCCAUUGCGCUGCUAGGGUUCAGAUGGUAGAUAUCAACAGAUGCAGGUCAACAGGCACAGAGAUAAAGAUUUGAGAAUGUCUAUGGUUACAUGUCAGUUCUGAUAGCUUCCAACAUUCCAGAGAAAAUGUCUCCCUCCCUCACCACUCCCUGUUCUCCACCCUCCUCUCUGUCUCCGCCUCUUUCUAAGUAGCUGUACGUGGGUGAUGUUUCUGACAUUUUCGGACUACUAAACAACUCUUGAUUUAGAACCAUGGAGAGUUAACGCAAGUUGCAAAAAAAAUAACAUGAGUUGCCUCUACUAUUCCAGCACCAUUUCAACAUCAAAUCACCUAUGCUUAGUCUAAUGCAGUGACAACUAAAAGAUACCAAAAGUACUUUUGUCCAACAUAAGCUAAAUAUGAUGUGGCUGGCCAUGGUUCUGAUUUCUGUGUGCGUUCGUGCAAGUAGAAAAAACAUGUUGACUCACCCUACUUGCAGAGAAACGCCAAUGCCAUCUUCUUUCAUGUUGGCAAAACCGUCUCUGACUCUGUCAUACAGUGCACGCUUUUCAUUUUUGUUGUCCUAACCUACUUGGCUAAAGUGCCUGCUCGCUAGCUUAACUUCCUUUUCAUGUGCAACAAUAAGACCGCUAGUUAACAUUGGCCUACUACAUCUAGCUACAUAUUGAUCUUCUAUCUCAGGCCAGGGGCACAACAAUGUAUGAAUUAAUGUUUGGAUCAAAAUCGCCUUUAUCAUUGGCCAGUACGGAGAAUUAAGUAUACCACAUGUCCAAAUCUGUAUCUCCAUUCAUGGCUAAUUUAGGAAGGGGCUAAUUUUAACUAGCUAGUUAGCCACCGGAGGACAAUGACACAACGAGAUGCAACAAUUCAAGUUUCCGUUGACACUAUCUCUGUGCGCCAGGACCAUUCAAAGUUGAGUUCAUUCAGUUUAGCCCAACACCGAUUGGAUAUUAUUUGAUACUUUUUAGCAAUGGAGGCCAAAUGCUCACUGGCUUCCCUUGCAUUCAAGCCUACAGGGGGCAACAAUGUCCUCCUAAUUUUGACCAGACAGAAUCCGAUAGAUGGGCUACACAUACAGAGGGGCGCUGUUUCGCUCGCUCAGAUGCUUUCUCCGGUGAAAUACAUUCAGCCUCUUGUGAAUUGAAGGGAAAUUAUGAAGCACAGAGAGGACUAACAAUAAAUUAAAGUUAAAAAUCUCUCUUGAUAAAUUUUUUUGGGGGCAGCCUGGCUCCCUUGGCAUCCAUGAAAACACACCGCUGCCUCCCUAUCCGUGUGUGUGUGUGUGUGUGUGUGUCUAACCCUAGUCUCGCUACGAGAUAUGAAGGAGAGUCUGAGGAGCUUGGUGGCGAAAGAUAAUUCUACUUUUCAAUUCACAUUACAACCUUGCCUUACCUUUUAUGACUGGAAACUUAACAUUCUUGGUCCAAAUCUCAGAUUGACCAUAAAUAUCACAGUAGCCUCUACUAGCCAGUAAUCACAAACUAUCCAACAAUGACAGACUUUUCAUAUUACAUAUGAAACACAACAUAUUACACUCUUGACUAAUGCAACAAUUCACAAGCAUGUAUGUGCUAGCAAUUAAAGGCUUUAUUUUCUCGUAUGUAGGCUACAUAUUACAUUUCAGCUUCAAGGCUAAAGCACAGAGGAUAUUACAGCAUGUCUUCAUCAAGUAACGUUAGCCUUAUAUCUGAAUAUAACAGUACAGGCUUAACUUACAACAUUAUAACAAACCAGGCUUUAUUUUUAUUAAUAUCGUGCAAGUCUUUACAUGUGGUAAAAGCAAAUUGCGACUGAAAAUGUGGGUAUAAGUGAAAGUCGAAUACCCGCCACCCAAAAUAUUAAAUGAAAUUCCUCAUGAUUUGUCAACAUGCAAAAUUUCUCUGCUUCUAAUCCAAACUAAGCUAGGAGGGUUAUUAAAAUACUGAUUGAAACAUGUUCUCAGAAAAUUAAAACCACCUAGGAAAACAUUCAGGGAACCAUCGUAAAACAUCCACAGUACUGAUGGGGUCAUGAUAGGGGCUGCACUAAAUGUUUGAUGUAUUAUAAUAAUUGGUUAUUCUUAUGUUGUAUUAAUAGAAGGGGUGGGGCUAUGGGACCCCUCUACAUUUAUAGGGUCCUAGACUACAGAUGAACAAUAUAUAUAUUCAUUGUACGGUUUAAGAAUUGUUCCAAUCUUUUCUAAGUCUCUGCUUCUUAUAAAGAAAAUUUAUUAUUAUUAUUAUAUUAUUAUUAUUAUUAUAGAAAUGGGGUCUGUGAGAAAGCAUUACAAAUAUGAACAAAGAGCCCUGCAGGGGAGUAGAAGAGAUAAGAGGCUAGUCAGACAUACCUCUAUAAAUCAACUUGGAGGAGUGGACAUUUACUGCCGAGGCCUUAGAAAACACUGGAACUAUUGUAUCUCUUGCAAGUUAGUAUAGCUGUGUAUAUGCAUGGGCUUGGUCUGAGGAGUAGCAGGUAUGCAAUGACAUCACAGGGGGUUGACUACAGGCAUGAUAAAAGCAACUUGGACUUUUCCUAUGGGGCAGAACUCAUGAGAGACAUCAGUUGUAUGGGUGAUGUUUGAUCUUUGACUUCUGUCUACAGCUGUAUUUUGAUUAAAAUUGUUAUGAUUUAUAAGUGCA